UUCCGAACAGCGCAUGCGCAUUCGUCACAUUGCGGCACUUCGGAAAAUUGCGUUCGGUUGGCCGGCCUCAUGCUAUCUCGAACGGAUCUCGAAUAAACGGCGUAUACGUAGGCAAAAUGAGUGUUGAAAAUCCAGCUUGCGAUAAUGAUAAUGACACGGGAAAGGUAAAUGGGAAUAAAGGUGAACACGUGAACGGUAUCCACAACGGCUACAACAGCUCAGAGAAGCAUAAAAGCAGCCACAAAUCGUCUAGCAAGGAUAAACACAGAGAUAAAGACAGAGAGCACAAGAGCUCAUCAUCAAAACACAGUAGCAGUUCAAGCAGGGAUAAGGAGAAGGACAAGGACAGACAUUCGAGUAGCAGAAAUCAUAGCAGCUCUCAUAAGUCCUCUAGCAAAGACAAGGAAAGAGAUCACAAGGACCGUGACAAACACAAAGAGAAAGAUCGCUCGGAUAAGGACAAGGAACGGAGUGACAAGGACAAAGAUAAAGACAGACACAGGAGUGACAAGGACAAACAUAGAGACAAGGAGAGAAGUGAUAAGGACAAGCACAGAUCUGGCGAUGGCGAUAAAAAGUCCUCAUCAUCCUCAAAGGACAAGGAACACAAGUCAAAGGAUAGAGACAAAGAGCGGAGCCAUGAUAAGGACCGCCACAAGAGUGAUAAGGACAAACAUCGAAGUGAUAAAGAUAGGCACUCCAGUUCUAAAGACAAACACAGCUCAAGCAAGCACAAGGAAAAGAGCAACAGUGAGAAGCAAGAAAAAAUCAAAUCUGAACCAGUUGAUAUCAUAAAAGAAGAACCUAUGGAGGUAGAACAACCUAAAGAAAAGAUAAAAAAAAUCAAAGAUGAAAUUGAGGAUGAUGGAUACACAGGUGCGAACACCACAGCGUCAUCAUGUGACUACUCUAUGACACAGUUCAAAGAGGACCCUCUUGCUGCACUGCCUCUUGAAGAGGAAAGUGCUUCUGACGGAGAAGCUGGCGAAGAAGAAGAUACACCUUUGUCCAUGCGCAUGGCUCCAAAGAAGAGAGCUGCCAGUGAAAGUGAGGAAGAUACCCCUCUACUACAACGCAAGAAAACAAAGAAAAAGGUCAAGAAAGAUGUUUUCGAUGAUGAAGAUGAAGACGAAGUAGCCCCUAAGAAGAAAAAGAAGAAACCUGAAAAAACUAAAUUAAAUAAAAGCAUCAAGUCUGAUCCAGAUGAAGGUCCCAGUCCUACAAAACGUAAGAAGAAAGGAGAGGAAGAACAGGAAGUUUGGAAAUGGUGGGAGGAGGAUAAAAAGGAAGAUGGCACUAAGUGGCGAUUCUUGGAACAUAAAGGGCCACUCUUUGCACCUCCAUAUGAUCUAUUACCUGAAAAUGUGAAGUUCCGGUAUGAUGGCAAAGUCAUGAAGCUUUCCCAAGAUGCUGAAGAAGUUGCAGGGUUCUAUGCACGGAUGUUAGACCACGAUUACACAACCAAGUCAACAUUCAACAACAAUUUCUUUACCGAUUGGCGGAAAGUUAUGACACAUGAAGAAUCUAAGAUUAUAAAAGAUCUAUCAAAAUGUGACUUUAAAGAAAUGCAACAAUACUUUUUAAGUGUAUCAGAAAAAAAUAAGAAUCGUACUAAAGAAGAGAAAGCUGAACUCAAAGCUAAAAAUGAAGAAAUCCAGAAAGAGUAUGGUUUUUGCACUAUAGAUGGGCACAAGGAGAAAAUCGGUAACUUUAGAAUAGAACCUCCAGGUCUGUUCAGAGGGCGUGGAGAACAUCCCAAGAUGGGGAUGCUGAAGAGGCGUGUGAUGCCUGAAGAUGUUCUUAUAAAUUGCUCCAAAGACAGUAAAGUACCCAAACCACCACCAGGUCGCAAAUGGAAAGAAGUGAGGCAUGAUAACACUGUUACCUGGCUCGCAUCAUGGACAGAAAAUGUCCAGGGGCAAGCCAAAUAUGUCAUGCUGAACCCUAGUUCUAAAUUAAAGGGUGAAAAGGAUUGGCAAAAGUAUGAAACAGCUAGAAAUCUACAUAAAUGCAUUGAUAAAAUCAGAGAAACAUACAGAGCAGACUGGAAAGCUAAGGAGAUGCGUAUACGGCAGCGAGCGGUUGCUCUGUAUUUCAUAGAUCGUUUAGCGUUGAGAGCUGGUAAUGAGAAGGAUGACGACCAGGCUGACACGGUGGGCUGUUGUUCUCUGCGCGUGGAACACAUAGAGUUGCACAAAGAAAAGGAUGGCAAAGAAUAUGUUGUUGUUUUUGACUUUUUGGGUAAAGAUUCUAUCAGAUAUUAUAAUGAGGUACCAGUAGAAAAACGUGUUUUCAAGAAUCUCGAACACUUCAUGGAGAACAAAAAAGAUAGUGAUGAUCUCUUUGACCGUUUAACAACGCAAACAAUGAAUGAACACUUAAAAGAAUUAAUGCCUUUAUUAACUGCAAAAGUCUUCCGUACAUACAAUGCAUCCAUAACUUUGCAAAGACAAUUAGACGAGCUAACAGAUCCAGAUGCCACAGUACCAGAAAAAAUAUUAGCAUACAACAGAGCAAAUAGAGCAGUCGCUAUACUUUGUAACCAUCAGCGUGCUGUUCCUAAAGGUCACUCCAAAUCAAUGGAAGCUCUUAAGGAAAAAAUUCAAGCAAAACGUGAUCUAAUUGAUGAAGCCGAGUCAGAGUAUCACGAUGCAGCCAGAGCUGCGAAGAGAGGAUCGGUCAAAGAGAAGUUGGCAUGCGAUAAGAAGAAAAAAGCACUGGAGCGUCUCAAAGAACAGCUGAUGAAGUUGGAACUACAGGAAACAGAUAGAGAUGAAAACAAAACAAUAGCUCUUGGCACUUCCAAACUCAAUUAUUUAGACCCACGGAUCUCAGUCUCAUGGUGUAAAAAACACGGGGUUCCGAUCGAGAAGAUUUACAACAAAACACAACGCGACAAAUUUCGUUGGGCGAUCGACAUGGCCGGUCCCGACUACGUUUUCUAAGUUAUACUUUAGCAGUAGCUAUAUUCUUUAUACAUAUAAAUUUUAAAAUCUACAGACGUUCCACAUUAUAAAUACAUUAAUUUGCGCAUAUCAUUAUUUAUUGUUUAUUAGGUUUUGACCCGAGUUUAUAAAAUUGAUGAAAAUUUUAAAAUUAUACACCAUUUGUAUUCUGUUCCUUAAAAAAUUAGGAUCUAAAUUAGAAGUCUGAUUCUAAUUUAUUUUAGGUUACUAUGAUAUUUUGCUUACAGUUUAAUAGCUAAGUUAGUGUUAUAUUUGAAAUUAGUUUUAAGAUUGUACAAAUUUUGCAAUCGUUUUGUGUAAGGUCACAUUUCAUUAUAGGAAUGUGUAAGAAAGUAGAGAAGCCAUGUUAGGGGGUGUUUCCACUGACGCGAAAACAUACAUAAGGCCUAGUGGCAGUUCCAUACUGUGACGGUCACGUUAACGUAAACGCGAAUUUCUAAGGAAUUGAAACAGCGCCAUCUAGUGGCACUAUUGUGCAACUGUUUCAAUUCCAUGUAAAUUCGUGUUUACGUUAACGCGAUAGUAACAGUAUGAAAACAUUGAAACUUCCACUAGGCACACUGAAGAUUAGGUUGUUGUCAAAUAAAGAUUAUUAUUAAAUCUUAAUAAUGUGAAUAGCAUAAUAUUGUACACAAGUUUGGCUAUUGUUUGUCGUUCAGUGGAAAUUCUCCUUUAUGCUACUAGCAUAAAACAAAUUUUGUUAAUUUUAUGUUAAAGUGACAAAAUUCAAUAAUAGAUUAUUCCUGUUAGUAUUUUUUUGAAAAUGAAAUAUACAAAAUUCUUUUUUUGUAUAUAGAGGUUAGGAGCGAGGCUUUCCAAUAGGGUAGUUCAAAUAAUUUAAUCAUCCACAAAUUAAAUAAAUUAAUAAAUCCGCUCAAAAUUAGUUAGUAAUAUCUGGUGAUCAAAAUUGUCAAGACAAAAGAAUGCAUGUUACCAUAAAUGAGCCAGUUUUAACAAAUAGCAUAAGACAACUUAUGCUAAUUUGGUGCUUUUUUUUCUUCUCAAAUCUUGGUUCUAUUUGCUGUUACCAAAACUACCCUAUUAUUUGUGAGGCGACAGUAGUGAUGUGGUUCGCGGCCUGCAAAUGGAAUAGUAUGUAUAUUUAAAAUGUAUUUUUGUGCACAAUGUGCAGUAGCAAAUGUUGUAAAUUAAGAUACGAAGUUAUUUUAUUUUUAUAACCAUAGGUCCGAUAACAAUCGUGGCAAACAAAACCGACAUUGUUACGAAGGUACAAUGUAGGUAACAUUUGUAAAAUUACAGUGAAUGUGUGAGUCUUGUAAAUAGUAAAUUUUUACCAUGUCAUACAAAUUGUGAAAUGAGAUUAUCCAAAUAAACAAAAAAAAAGCAAUGACACUAGA